AUGGGCAUUCCGAUGUGGCGCGAGCCUUCAGAGGCAGAUACAUUCAAAUCUGCGCUCGACAAGGACCCUUCUGCGGCCGCUCGAUCCGCUAUCCGUCGCCAGGCCACGAUUCUUCGUCCGUCGCAGCAUCAGAAUUCGCGGUCGCGCCGAAGUGGCGUGCUUUCUUCGUUUCAUUCGCAGAUUCUUGAUGAGAUCCAGCGCGGUAUUGCGGAGCCUCAACUAAGUAUCCGUUCUCCUGUUCUGAACCUGGGAAUCAGCGAAGAUGGAUUAGACCUUGACUCGAGCCGGCGGGAGGCACUGAGCCGCAGUGGCACGCGUCCUAGUAUUCGCAGCCGCAAUCGUUUCACCCAUUUGAGAAACAUUCGUGAUCAAACCGCCAAUGAUUCACUUGGCCAAGCUGACCCUCAAACCCGCCCUGGCACCGCUCAUCUGAGCCCGUCUCUCACUCCAAAUUUUGCCCCGGCGAUCUCAUACCACACCUCAUCUUCUCCCCAUCUGUCAUCGGAAGGCAUUCGUCUCCCACCUCUCCCACGUCUGCGCAGCACAGAGCGCAACCUUGAGCCUAGCUCUGACACCACCGCCAGUCUACUGAGAGACUAUCGCAUUGCACGUGCGCUGCAUCAAUCAAGUCGAGACCCCGCCACCGAUGGUCUUGGUGAUCGUCAGCGCAGCCUGAGCCCGGACGUUGAGCGUCCAACAGAUGCCUGGGAAACUCUCUUGUCGACCAUUACUCCAGAUGUAAAUUUACCUUCCACCGAUACUUCAUUCUCUGCAAACUCUGCAUCGGAUGUUUCUCGAAACGAGUCGUCCCGGAACCCCCGAAGUUCUUCGCAGACCUUGCCUUCCUCCCUCGGUCUCCCUCGAGCUGUCCACUUAGCCCUCGACCCGUACCCUGAUCACCUGCCUCCCUGCGACUUCUCCUCCUCAGACGACGAGGACGUUCCUGUCACCUACCACCGUAUGCUGAGCCAAGCCGGCCUUCCUCUCGCACUCCGCCGCUCGCCCGGCCUUAAUUCGACCAUGAGCAGCCAUCCGCCCAUUCCGACUAUCUCCUUCUCCUUCUCAGACGCUUCGAGCGACUCGGAUCUUCAACAGAUGCAGGCCAUCCUUGACCGACUCGCGCGACGAGACGACAUUCCCGAUCAUUGGUGGGCCGGCGCUGGUCUGUCACGCACUAUUGGCCGAGGCCUCAGUGCCAGCGCUGAUGCCAAUGAAAAUGAGCGUACUGAGUGA